ACAAUCAUGAAGACUUUAUCUCUGGACGUUCUAAUGUUCAAUAAUGAUGUCAGAGGUUAGACAUUGAAAUAAAUUACUUUUAUCAGCACACGACGGCUUCAGUGGUGUUCAGCUUCCGAUACAAAAUGGGUGUUCGUCGAAAUUUCAUCGUUUUGUGGACAGUAGCGUUAACUUUAGUGGUGUGCGACGUUUCUAACAAUAAAAUUGAAGACGAUGACAAAUUAAUAACAAAGAAGAGGACUCUCAGUGAAUGUAAUCUUCCAACUAAGUUAAAGACCGAAAUUGCUUCGUAUGCUUCUACUGUGGAAAAAAUUAUUAACGCUGCUGUGAAUGGAAGUUUCAAAGGAGUAACGUAUCAAGAAUUAAGUCUUUUUGUUGAUACAUUUGGUAAUCGGAUAGCAGGCUCCCAAAAUUUAGAAAAUGCAAUUGAUUACAUGAUAAAUAAAUCUAUAGUUAACCGCCUUGAUAAUGUUCAUGGUGAAGAAGUGCAAGUUCCGCACUGGGUAAGAGGAUUCGAGUCUGCAACUCUUGUUGAACCUCGAAACGCUAGUAUCUCUAUACUUGGCUUGGGCAACAGUGUCGGCACACCUCCAGAGGGAAUUUUAGCUGAAGUGUUGGUGGUGAAAUCAUUUGAUGAUUUACAAAGUAAAGCUGAACAGGCGAAAGGCAAAAUCGUCGUCUACAAUGAAGAUUUUGUCUCCUAUGGAUCUACUGUCAUUUACAGAGGCAAAGGUGCUACAGAAGCUUCUAAAGUAGGCGCUGUAGCAAGUCUUAUAAGAUCGAUUACCCCAUUUUCACUAAAUACCCCUCAUACGGGCAUGCAAACUUAUGGACAAAAUGUUACCAAAAUACCUACAGCUUGUAUUACCUUAGAAGACGCCCAUUUCCUACAAAGAUUACAGGACGAGGGUAGAACGAUCAAGAUUUUAUUAAAAAUGGAAGCUCACACUCUUCCAGAUAAGACUUCGAGGAAUGUUGUUGCCGAAAUUGAAGGUACAGAACAUCCUGAAAAAGUGGUGAUAGUUUCCGGUCAUAUUGAUAGCUGGGAUGUUGGUAAUGGUGCCAUGGAUGAUGGUGGAGGUUUUUUUAUUUCAUGGGCAGCCUUAGCACUUUUGAAAAGUUUGGGUCUGAAGGCUAAAAGAACCGUAAGGGCUAUAUUUUGGACAGCUGAAGAGUUUGGUUAUGUUGGAGCAUACCAGUACGCUACAAGGCAUGCCAACGAAACCGAUAAUUUUAUUUUUAUGAUGGAAUCUGAUAGUGGAACUUUCGAUCCUGUAGGAUUACAAUACAGUGCUGGUACCACUGGAGGGUGUAUAAUACAAGAAGUCAUGAAACUACUGGCUCCAAUUAAUGCAACACGAACUCGACAGUCACCUUCGGUAGGUUCUGACAUCGAAAUAUGGACUUCGGAAGGAGUGCCAGGUGGUUCUCUUGAUACUGAAAAUGAUAAAUAUUUCUGGUAUCAUCACUCAAAUGCAGAUACUCUAGAAGUAGAGAAUCCUCAGUCUUUAGAUAAAAAUACCGCUCUGUGGGCAUCUGUGGCUUACGUUUUGGCAGAUUUAAGUAUUGAUUUUCCACGAGAGACGACGGAUGGAUAAGAGAGGAUCAGGUAGUGAAUAUUGUUAAAUGUACAUAGGUAUUAUUUUGUUGAUAAAAACUAAUAAAUUGUAAAUAAUCACCUAA